AUGGAAAGCAAGAUCAAGGAGCUCCGGGGCAUCCUCAAGGACUCCGCGGCCGCGCAGCGCGCCGCGGACCCGCGCCAGAUUGCCCUCCAGCACGCCAAGGUGAUUCAGCACCGCAAGGACAUGGAGGCCGAGAUUCUCGACAGCCUCAUCCUGCUGUCCGAGUACCCGCUCGAGCGCGGCGCCUCGCACACGGCGUCGACGCCGGCCGCGUCCGACGUGGCCGCCUUCAAGACACACGUGCGGCUCUUCCAGCCGUCCGACUACGACGACCUCAUCGAGGAGCGGCACGUCAACGGGCUGUGCGGGUACACGCUGUGCCCGCGGCCGCACCGCGACUACGGCCCCGGCGGCGGCGAGUGGAAAAUUACGCGCAGCGGCAUCGUGCGGCGCAGGGACCUCGAGCAGUGGUGCUCGCCGGCGUGCGCCCGCCGCGCCCUCUACGUCAAGGUGCAGCUCAGCGAGACGGCCGCGUGGGAGCGCGCCGGCAUGCCCGACGUCCGCAUCGACCUGCUCGAGGAGGCGCAGCUCAGCAGCGACAUGGACGCGGCCACGCAGCAGCUGGCAAAUUUGCAAAUUGAGGAGCAGGAGCGCCAGAGCCGGGACGCUGAGGCGCUGGCGCUCGAGAGGGGAGAUCGGCCGCCGGGGACCGUGGCGGCCGGGGAAAAGCAGAGGGUCAACGUGACGCUCAAGGAAAGGGAGACGACGCAGAUGCCGGACGUGUCGAAUUUGAGCAUUGGCGAUGCUGAUGAUCAUUUACUCGUCGAGGGCCACAGGGCCCGACUGGGAGGAGACCCUGCCCAUCAAUGA